GCUCCCGUGCGCGCGCGCUUGCCGGCCUCUGGCUUCCCCCGGCUGUCGCCGUCAACGCCGCCCGGGCCAUGGCGAUCUGCUUGCGGCUGCGAAGCUGCAGGGCCGCGGGCCUCCUCCGCCCGCGCCCAAGCCAGGCUCGCCGCUUGGCUGGGGGCCUCUCGGGCCUCUCCCCCGCGCUGCUGCGCACCGACAGCUUCGUGGGCGGCCGCUGGCUGCCCGCUGCCGCCACCUUUCCGGUGUACGACCCGGCCAGCGGCGCCGCGAUGGCCUCGGUGGCGGACUGCGGGGCGUCCGAGGCCCGCGCCGCUGUGCGCGUCGCCCACGAGGCCUUCUGCAGCUGGCGGGGCGUCUCGGCCAAGGAGAGGAGUUCAUUACUUCGGAAGUGGUAUGAUUUAAUGAUGCAGAAUAAGGAUGACCUUGCCAAAAUUAUCACAGCUGAGAGCGGGAAGCCACUAAAGGAGGCACAGGGGGAGAUCCUCUAUUCGGCCAACUUCCUGGAGUGGUUUUCAGAGGAAGCUCGCCGCAUUUAUGGAGACAUUAUCUCUACCCCCGCCAAGGAAAGGCGGGCCCUGGUCCUCAAGCAGCCCCUGGGUGUAGCCGCAGUCAUCACACCGUGGAAUUUCCCCAGCGCCAUGAUCACCCGGAAAGUGGGGGCCGCCCUGGCAGCCGGCUGCACGGUGGUGGUGAAACCUGCUGAGGACACGCCCUUCUCUGCCCUGGCCCUGGCCCAGCUCUCGAACCAGGCAGGCAUCCCUUCCGGAGUGUACAACGUCAUCCCCUGCUCCAGAACCAAGGCCAAGGAGGUUGGGGAGGUGCUUUGUACUGAUCCUCUCGUCUCCAAAAUCUCCUUCACAGGCUCAACAGCCACAGGAAAGGUCCUGUUGCACCACGCAGCCAGUACAGUGAAGAGGGUCUCCAUGGAGCUGGGUGGCCUUGCCCCGUUCAUAGUUUUCGACAGUGCCAACGUGGAUCAGGCUGUGGCAGGAGCCAUGGCAUCUAAAUUUAGGAAUGCUGGUCAGACUUGUGUUUGUGCAAACCGAUUCUUGGUGCAAAAGGGUAUCCACGAUUCCUUUGUAAAAAAAUUUGCUGAAGCAAUUCAGAAAAGCCUGCGUAUAGGGAGUGGAUUUGAAGAGGGAACUACUCAAGGCCCAUUAAUUAAUGAAAAAGCAGUAGAAAAGGUGGAGAAGCAGGUGAGCGAUGCGGUCUCUAAGGGGGCCACCGUGGUGACAGGCGGGAAGCGGCACCCGUAUGGAAGAAACUUCUUUGAGCCCACCCUGCUCAGCAACGUCACCAGGGACAUGCUUUGCUCUCGUGAAGAGACAUUCGGGCCACUGGCACCGGUUAUCAAGUUCGACACAGAGGAGGAGGCUAUCGCAGUCGCCAAUGCCGCUGAGGUCGGGUUAGCAGGUUACUUUUACUCCCGAGACCCAGCCCAGAUCUGGAGAGUGGCGGAGCAGCUGGAGGUUGGCAUGGUGGGUGUCAACGAAGGGCUGAUCUCCUCGGUGGAGUGCCCUUUCGGGGGCGUGAAGCAGUCUGGCCUCGGGCGAGAGGGGUCCAAGUAUGGCAUUGACGAGUAUUUAGAAGUCAAGUACGUGUGCUACGGAGGCCUAUAGGAUCCUUCAGUUCCCUAAGGAAAAAGAAAGGGCGCUUACUGACAUAAAUGGGGACAUUCCAUCCAUUCUUUUAAAUAAACUAGUAGGCAACCGGAGUUACGAAUAUUUUAGAACUCAGCCAGUCCUCAUGAUCCUAAGCAGAUUUAAAUCAUCCCUCCCACUCCAUAAGUGGGGCCAAUAUGUGAGCCCCGGCCUGGGUCCAGCCUGGGUCCCCAGUGUGACCUGCCCACCCCAACCUGCUUACCCCAGAGCAAGGCAGUGAGAGGUGGGCUCCAUUGGGGCCAUCGAAAAGGCUCGGUCACUGCCCAGGUGUUGCACCCUGCCCCUGGCAUGGGGUGUGACAGACAGUGGGUCACGGGGGCAACAGCCUCUUCCUGGCCUUCUGCCAGCUCAGCACUACGGACACCGUGUAUGAGACAGAGGCCGGACUGACCCUUUUGCAGCCUCUGAAGUAGCCCAGAAUAGCCCGCACCGCUGUGUGGGAUGCAGAGCGCUUCUCCCUGUGUCUGGACCAACUCUUCACUGUCCCAAAUUCACUGCUCGGACUUCCUUCUGUUUCCUGUAGGAAAUGAGUUUCAGCUGAAAGCACAGAUUGCCAGAGGCAGGAUAGUACAGCAGGGGGCACGUGGUCUCUCAGCCUGGCUCCGCCUGAGUGGUUCUGUGAUCUGGAUCGUGAGGCUCAGCACCUCCCAUUCCCCACCCUCUGGAGCCAUUUCUGUGGCCAGCAGGGACACCCGCCAGGGGCAGUAUCUUAGCUAAGAAGACACUUCUUAGACCUGCCCAUCUGCUGCAGCUGAGUCGGGCUGUCCGUCCUGGUAGUACCACUUGCUCUUUCACUUCCAAAUGAUCAGAGCACCUUUGCCACUGUGAUCUCAAAAGCAGAAAUAAUUCCCACAAUUUCCAGUCCACUUUGUGGCCUUGAAUUUCAGGUACCAGUUACCUAAUCAGAGCAUUUAUAUUUCAUCACUCAGAACACACACACAAACUCCCUGUGGCCAGUGUUGGCUCUCAAUCUGAAAGAAAAAUUCCCAUUAGGAAAAUCCUAGGCUUUUCUAGAAAGGCCUCCAUCACUGAGGAGUCCACCCAGGCUGUUCCUGGCUGAACAGGCAGAGAUGAAGCCUUUGCAUCGCUCCUUUCUGUGCAUCAUGUCCUGUGGGCACUGCAGGUGGUGGGAGGAAGAUGUGAAUGAAGAUAGCCCUGGAUACAGCUGUCCCUGAGCCCCAGCCUGUACUCAGCACCCUCACUGAGCAGUGGCUUGGGGACGGUGUGGAGAAGUAACAAUCUCGAAAGCCCCUGUGCACAGAGGGACACUUCCAGUCCUGCAGCUGCCACUCACCUGGUGAGUGGCAUAUCCCCAAGGCCCAAAGGAGAAGGAGCAGAACUCUGCCUCCUGGCAACACUGCCCGGACCUGUCAAGAGUCAGGCCACAGCUGAUAGGUCAUUUCUGCUCCAUAGUUGUUAAGUUGUUAGGUGGCUUGGGCUAACAUCAAAUUGCUUAAGAUUUGUGUGUGUCCCUCUCUUUUAAGAAUACAAAUGUUCUGAUGUUAUUUUCUAGAAAUCAAAUACUGAUGCUGACGUGUGGAGGAAUGUUCUCCGAUACAUUUUUAACUUUGUUUGUUUUUGCUACUGGGGAUUGAACUCGGGUCCUUGUGCUUGGGAGGCAGGUGACAGAACCACUGAGCUAAAUCCCUGGCCAUUUUUAACUUUGUAAGCUGGUGGUUUCCUUAGCCAAAUAGCACAUUUUUAGGUUGUCUUGCAUAUUUGGCUCACUAGGUACAUAAAUUGAGGGUCGGAGACUCACUGCUGUAUCUUUGACCGAUUUUAUAUGGCUCUGUGGUACCUGGGGCCCUAUGUCCAGUUCCUGGAAGCACCAAGAUAAAUUAAGGUAAUUUGAAAAGGAAAUAGGAUAUUGUUUAGUAAAAUGGUUUGGGGUUGUGGGAAGAAAGAGAACUAUUUUUAUUUAAUUGUUUUUAGUAUAUGUGCUGCCAAAGAGAGCACUAUUUAAUUUUUGGAGGCAGGUGCAGGCUGGAUAUCCUUCCAACUCAGCCUCCCAAGCAGCUGGGACCAUUAAACAUGUGCCACUGGCCCAGCUCAGUGGGGGUUUUUUUGGUUAUUUUUCAAUAAGGUAACCAUAUAUGAUACAUGGGAUUUUUCUUAGACGUUUAUUAAUUUACAACAUGAACAGGAAAAAGACCAUUACACCAGAGGUUGGCAAACUAUAGCCCAUCAGCCCAAUCUGACCUGCCACUAUUUUUGUACAACCUAAGAGCCAAGGACAUAUUUUAUAUUUUCAGAUGGUUGAGGAAGGGAAUUCUGAAGAGUUUUUCAUAACACAUGAAAUUCAGAUUUCAAUGUGCAUAAAUGAAAUGGCCGCAUCUGUUGGCUCAUGGUAUGGGCAAAAUGGAAUAGUCUGUCCAUGAUGAGCCUAAAGUAUCACUGUCCAUCGCCGUCAAGGAGUUUGCCAGUCCCUUAUCUAGACUCUGAGGGAAAAGUGGACCUUCUUACAUGUCCUGGGCAUUAUUUUCUUCUACUGAAUGCCUGCCGAGGAGAAGACGCUUUGGGGCAAUGCUGCCGGGAGCUCCCAGCCGUGAUCACAGAACAAGAGUCUGUGGCCCCAGAAGCCACUUUUAAGCUUCCUUCGUCUGGCUACACAGGGGUCCUCUUUUCCAGAGCUGAUCUGUGCCCGAGGCUCUGCCCAUCUGAGGGGUUUUUAAGUCUGACUGUCCUGUCUUCCCAUGCCUGUCUUUAUCUAGAGACUCAGUACGAAAUGGGUUAGAAGCACAAUGUAACAAGACCUAUUUUCUCAUUAACCAGCAUUAUGAACUUGAAAUUGUACCACAUGACUUGUUUCCUCUAGAGGGUGAAUCCCAGUUUUUCAUUGCCCUUAUGUAGCUAUUUUAAAUAGCAUUUUACUUGAAUGACAACUUAUGCUGUGAACACUUCAUGCUGUACCUUGUUGGGUGAAAUCUGGGGAUAGGAGUAGUGGGCGACAUAUAAACAUGCUGCUUUUAAAUGUGUGCACAUCACUCAGUUUUCCAGUUUCUGACAUCGUAUGUAUCCGUGUCUAGUGCAGAGUUUCGUGUGUGUAAUUAAUAAAGCUGAACUGGCGGAAUUUCCUA